AUGAGAGUCUGCAACGGCCGACAGGAAGUUUGCCAACGGGAUUCUGCAAUGAUGAGGCCUAACGAGGGCAGACAAGCCCACUCAGCAGCUGAUGGAUUGACGCUGAGCGGUCCGGGGAAUAGGACGGUUCAGAUUGCGGAAGGGGAUGUCAAGUCACGCUUUGUGAUAGAUGUCUCAAUCAUUCAGACGUCUCCGCCGCCCUCCUACCGGACCUGCAUUCGCAGAGAGGUGCCGCCGAGGUGCACGAGCUCCAUUGUGUUUCUGGACAAGCUAUUUUCAGCAUCCCUGGCGGCACCAGACUGGAGAGGAGCGGCGCAAAACGUUCGGUACAAGUCCACCUUGUUUGUUCGUCUCUCUCUUUUGUGCGCGUCGACCACAAAAGAAGGAUCCAGAGGCCCCAAGGCGACCGUGUUGGGCGGCGAACAGCACGAUGGUGGCGAGAGUUGGGGUCACCAACACCAAGAUGGCAAGAGGUGGGGUCAGCGUGGAAAAGCGGCAUCAAAAGGAACUCAAGCUAGGACAGAAGUGCCACGAAAAUGUCCUGCACAGUUGACAAGAGAACGAGAGAUGGAUUACUGUCAUCUCUACCUGAAGACAAACACUCUGGAAGCCACAUCCAAAUCCCUCAGUCUCCAAGAGGCUCUGGAGCUCUUCAGGCCAGACUUCAUCAGCCGGUCUCAGGGUCGAGUGAGGAGGAUGGAGCAGGCGAGGAAGAGGAGAAGGGGGAUGAAGAAGAGCUCCAACGCGGUGCGAGACGGAGGCGUGCGAGGGAGGAGGUGCACCACACCGGAUCCGCUUAGCGAUAACCUUUUCAAGCCAAGAGCGAGGUCAAUAUCAGGCAGAGAGAUGCUGCAGAGGUCCAGAAGUAUGUACAACAAGCUGCCAGAGGUGGCAAAGAAGAAGCAGGAGGCGGAGAAGAGAGCUGUGUCACAAGCCAAUAGACUACGAGCAGCCCUCUUUAAGAAGAAACUUCUGGACCAGAUCCUGCAAAGAUGAAGGAGAUACGUGGAAGGGCAAAUACUUAUUCUUAUUUCAUCCAUAUAAAUUCAGUAUUAUCAAUUUAAUUGCAUCUAGUCGAACUAAGUUUUAAAUUUGUCAGGUCAUGUCAAAUAUAUGAAAUAAAAACCAAGAAAUAAGCAAAAUAAGCAUACCAAAGUCGAGACACUAAACUAUAUUACUCGACAAUAUCAGAUUUGUCUUUACCCCCCCAACCCCCCUCACACGCUGUGGAACCUCCCCUCCGGAACACUGGAAUUCCCAACUAAUGGAACUCAGAAGACUGGGAGCAUUUUGUGAAAGGGACUGUUUGUCACUGAGCUGCAUACCGGGAGGUGACAUUGUAACAGUAUAGAGGAGACCACCUCCAGACCACCUUUAGCACGGUGAGAUGACUGACAUUUAAUCACAGCCUUGCGAGGAAAAACAUUGACACGUGCCACGGCCCCAACAUAGCAAAAAUAUAGUACACUAUAUACAGUGGGUACGGAAAGUAUUCAGACCCCCUUAUCCCCAGACCCCAGAUCAUCGCUUGCCACCGUGGGGGACCUAGGUUCAAGACCCCAACUGGACCAUCCGCCAACAUCCCCCGAACUCAACGGCUGUAAUGUCCUUGGGCAAGACACGAAUAUCCUGAAAUGCUCCCUGGGCGCUUCAGCUGCCCCCUGCACCAGUGUGUUCCACUAACAUGUGUAUUGUGUUCACUGUGAUGGGUUAAAUGCAGAGAACAAAUUUCGUGUACAUGCAUGCAUGUUCAUGACAAUA